CCCGCCCGCUGCUUGCCCUCUAUCUCCCAUGCCGCUCCUCCGCCCAAGCCGUCUUCUGCGGCACUCGAUCCGCCCCCUCUCCACCACCGCUGCCGCCCAGGCCAAUGUUAUCGUCGGGGCGUCCGAGGUGAAAGGGCAGAGGCUCAAAGGGAGCCAUUGGGCGAACGAGACGGGGACCAAGUUUCGAAACCCGUGGUCCUCCUUCAAAAUGCCAAAUACCUGGCAGUUAAUCACGUCUGGAUACGAGCUUGCAACAUCAGCCUCGUCCGACCUCACGCUCAAAGACGCCAAAAAUCUCAUCCCGCACACCACCCCGACGUUCGGCGCUUCCUUGCCCGCGCGCGACCUCAAAGUCACCUGGCUGGGGCACGCCUGUGCGUAUGUAGAGCUACCUGCUGAGGAGGGCAAGGAUAGAGGCGUGAGGGUUUUGUUUGAUCCGGUGUUGGGCGGCGGGAUGGCCUUCCUUGGAAUGGGGCCAAAAAGAGAGAGCUUGUCGCCUUGCGAGAUUGAAGAUAUACCAGAAAUCGAUAUGAUCGCCAUCUCGCACAACCACUACGACCACCUCGACAUUCCAACCCUCACCACCCUCCUCCAAACCCAGAAAUCCAAGCACGGCUCACAGCCCUCCCUCUUCAUACCUCUGAACAAUCGGCACACUGUAUCAGGCUUGCCCCUUGCUGACGAAAGAAUAUUCGAGCUGGACUGGUGGGAGGGAAGGGACUUUGAGGUCGAAGGCGUGGGAAGGGCAAGGUUGGUUUGUGCGCCGAGCCAACAUUUCUCAGCGAGGUAUCCUUGGGAUAGGAAUCGAGCUUUGUGGGCUUCAUGGGCCCUCCAAGAGCUCCCUUCGUCACCCAACCGGAACCCCGCCAAGCUCUGGUUUGCGGGCGACACUGGCUACUGCGUAAUGUCACAAGACAUCCACGCCGGCUCCCACCCUACUAGUACAAAUCCAAAUGCCCCGGAGCAAGACGUGUGCCCCGCGUUCAAGGAGAUUGGCGAAAAGCUUGGGCCAUUCACUGUGGGCCUGAUUCCAAUAGGUGCAUACCACCCGAGAGAGGUGAUGUCGCCAUUACACGUCGCACCGGUAGAUUCGGUGGCAAUAAUGAAGGAUACCAAAUGUGCGCAGGCUAUCGGGAUCCACUGGGGCACAUUCCGCAUGACGGCCGAGAGCUUUACAGAGCCACCCGAGAAGCUGAGAGAGGCAGUGAAAGAGGCGGGGCUGGAAGAGGAUAUCUUCACAGUGUACAAGCUUGGUGAGAGCCGCGCGCACAAAGUCGAACAGCCAGGCGAUCGUUGAGGCCAGCUGUGCUUGCCAUUGAGCUUGACGGGGUUGACUAUUGCGUGCAUGAACACAUGGCAUAGCUUGCGGAGCAUGUAUGGUCACCAACAUGUUAAAGAGGCGCAGGUCAGCAAUUGCGCCGCCGCCC